AUGUCGAGAUCUCUGGUGAAACGCGUCGGUCCGUUUAUGAUUGGUCGGAUUAGAGAAAAUCAUCGAAUGCUUAAUUUUUCAUCCGCUUCUGCUCUCAAAGAAGCUUCUUCGUCUUCCUCUUCUUCUUCCCAGUCUGAUUCUUCUUCUCUCGACACCGUCCAUCUCAGCGAGAGUUGUAUCCGGAGAAUGAAAGAGUUACAAACUAGUGAGCCCGAGAAGAAACUGCUUCGCUUAGGUGUAGAAACGGGAGGUUGUUCUGGUUUCCAGUAUGUGUUUGAGCUUGAUAGUAAAACCAAUUCUGAUGACAGGGUUUUCGAGAAGAAUGGUGUGAAACUGGUUGUAGAUAAUAUUUCAUAUGAUUUUGUGAAAGGUGCGACGGUGGAUUAUGUGGAGGAACUAAUCCGCUCUGCUUUCGUGGUUGCUGAAAACCCGGCCGCGGUCGGUGGGUGCAGUUGUAAGAGCUCCUUCAUGGUGAAACAGUGA